UAUUAUUAUGGCUCUAUUAAUCUUCGACUGGCUAUGUACAAACGGUUAACUCUCAUUAAUUAGUGCAAAGCUCUAUUUUUUUUUUAUUUUUUUUUUUUUGUAGCCAACAGUGUUUGAUUGAAGACCAAAAACUUUCAUCAGAAACAAUAAUUGUAUACGUCUAAGAUAAAUGAUCAAAAUAAUUAAAUGUUAUCAAUUUGGCCUCACACACAACUCGCUACUAACACCAUGGACUUAUUCGAGACAUGGGAAGAUCAAGAAAUUCAAUUUGAUUUAAGUAUUAAUAAAGCGUUGAAGAUGAGAAAUGGAGAAAAAAUAAUAGAUCGCUUAGAAUUUAUUGAAGAUACAAAAGGAAAUAGUGGUGAUAAAGGUGUACUUGUCAUUACAAAUUUGAGAGCAAUCUGGCAUUCAAUGACUUUAGCAAGAAUAAGCUUAUCUAUUGGUUACAAUUGUAUACAGGAUGUUUCUACGCGGAUUGUUAACUCGAGACUAAAAGGAAUAACAGAAGCAAUUUAUAUUCAAGCUAAAUACAAUGGAUUGAGAUAUGAAUUUGUUUUUACAAAUUUGAUACCUGGUAAUACAAGGCAUUUCACAUCAUUUAUUGGAGUUUUCAAAGCUUAUAACUCAAGUAGACUUUACCGAGAAUUAAAACUUAGGGGAGCAAUAUUGAAGAAUGGGCGUUUAAGGCUAUUGAUGUUUGAAAAAAUGUAUUCUGACGUUAAUGGUGUAUGGAAUUUAUCUAGUGAACAAGGAAAUUUGGGAACAUUUAUAAUAACAAAUAUUCGAUUAGUGUGGUAUGCAGAAAGUAAUGAGACAUUCAAUAUAUCGCUUCCAUACAUUCAUAUAAACUCUAUAAAAAUUAGGGAAUCCAAAUUCGGUGAAGUGUUAGUGAUAGAAACAAAUGGUUACAGUGGAGGCUUUACACUUGGAUUUCGAAUUGAUCCUAAGGACCGAUUACGAUCGGUUACUAAGGAGCUAUCAUCAUUGUUUCGUAUUCAUGCUCAAGCACCAGAAUUUGGAGUACAUUUUGUUACUACUGAUCAGAUAGAAAAUAAUGAACCUGCUCUAACACCGCCAAUACUCCCAAACUAUGAUGAAUUUGAAGACGAGAAUAUAAUAGGUGUUUCAAAUACUUUAGCUGCAUAUAGUGUAAGUAAGACGGGUAAAGAAGAUGGACUACCACAGUAUGAUUCUACAAUAGGUUUAGCAAUUGAAACAUUGCCAGAUGGUUAUACAAUGGCAUCUUUGUGGGAAGUCAUACCAAGUAUCAAUAAUAAAUAAUGUAGAUAAUAUACCUAUUAAAAAUGUCUUAUAUUUUAUAAUUAUAGUAUAAUAUUUUUUGAGUGAAAAAAUUACAAUAGCUUUUAAUAUUCAGCUUCAGCAUACCAAUCUGUAUGAAAUAUAACGUCCAGCAGUUUCAGAAUUUCGUACAAUUUUUACUACCUGUGAACAAAAAAUAAAUUCAAUUAAAUAUUUUCUAGUAGAAUAAAAUAAAAUUGUAUUGAUGGAAGUAUUCAAAAUGUUAUAAAAUAAUUAUAAUCCUGCCAUUUAUUUUUUAUUUUUGGUUUAUUUCAAACAUUAUUUAAGAGGGUGUCAGCGUUCAAUUAGUCUUCUCUCUCUGAAUCUAGCACAACCAAGUUCAGCAGACCUAAUCUUAUGUAGUUAGCUUUAGUAUAAGAGUUAUUUGACGACUUAUUAUAAACUUAAAUUCAAGAACAUUAUCUGUGUAAAUGUGUAGGAUUUUUUAUGAAAUUUGAAGCC